UCAGAUUCAAUGCUUCAGCUAACGUAGAGCAACGUGAAGAGGCGAGACCAGUUAUGGCUGAAGGAUUGGCGGUGAAAACUAUUAAACUUUUGAAUAAAAGAACAGAAAUAUGUGAUGUUGAACUGAUCAGCUACUCAAAUGAACAGAUCCCAUUUAGCAUUGAUUUCAAUUUGAAUAUCAAAAAGAGGAUUAGCUUUUUAGAAAUGAAGAAAAAAAUCAGUUCAAAGAUAUUUCCUUUACUGCCUAUGCUGAGUCGCCAAUCGAAAGUGGUACACAAUGGGCAGCUGAUAGUGUACUUGGAGUUAAGAGCUAGCGGCAUUUCUUCUCAAAACAAAUUUAAAAAUGUUUUUGAUAGUUUGAGGAAAAUGAAAUGGGUUGCUACAGCCACUCCCACUGAUAACGUAAAAGUCUUCAUUAUACCAACUUCAUCUCUGACACAUGAACUAG